UUGACAUGACGAGUAAGUCAAUGUGUUCAGAAGAAGAUUUUCAGUGAAAAGAUAAUUGAAAAGCGACUUUUUAGUAGAUGGGAUAGGUUUAAGUGACUUUCUGAAUGUAGAGAAAAAGUCUCGCAUUCUAUACACAAUGUAAACCUAAUCAUGUUCUCUUUUGUGCAUUUUAGAGAAAAAAUUUAACCCUUUGAAUUCCGGCUUUUUUCUGUGAAAAUGUAGAUUCUUAUACGAGACCGUUUCAAUAUGAUGUUCAUUAAAUUUUUGAAAGACAUUGUAUUUCUGUAUCAAUCAGGCAUUAAUCGUUCAUUUUCGUAUGAUAGUCUUCAAAACAAUCAACAAAACAUAGACGUACAUUACUGUCAAGAUACAUUUAUUCUGUCAUGUCGAAAAUGAUGAGAUGUGCAGACAACGAAUUUUCUUUGAGACUGUUUAUAGAGAGGAGCGAAAGAAAAUGUCGAAUAGUUAGACGAAGAGGAAAGUUCUUAUCAAAGAUCUUUCAAUAGUUGUAAAGCUAUGUGAUCCGUACUUUGUGGUUUAUAAUACUCAUCUGUGGAACAACGAAAGAAAGUGUCUGAUGACUAUAGCGACUAUGGAUUCCUAGGAUGAUUUCUCGAUCGGAGUCCAUGAUCUAACAGAUAAAACACGUUUCAAAAUUAUUAAAGAAUAAGCUGAUGAGAUUUUUCUUCAACACCACCAUCCAUAUGUAUUUAUGUGUGAUUCACAUUCUAAGCUAAAUAGUGAGACGUAUAUAUACGUCGCCGGGACUCAAAGAGUUAAUUUAAAAACAAAACUCUUAUGUCGCUGUACAAUUCGUAUUCAAUAGUCCCAAGAAAUGAGUUAAUACAUGUGAAUCUAACAAAUUGAACCCAAUUAAAUUGCAUAGUUAAGUGUUGAUUACAUAUCGAUGCAUUAACCCGAAAUCUGAAUAUAGAACACGCAGAAAUCUACUUUUUGCCCCUCAAUAUCAGGAUCACCUUUGAAUAAUUUAAUUUUGUAGAUUAAUACUAUUAGUGUAAGGUCUUCAAACCUAGACACACAUCUCUUUAGAGUAAAUAGAUCUCGAUGAGUAGAGGAAAUUUGUCCCAUUCUCAAAAUUACCACAUGUUCGUUUCUAAGAAAGCAUGGAGUCACAAAUACUAUUCAUAGAAAUUAUCUCUCUAAUCCCUAUGCUACCUCUCAUUGAAGUGAAACACUUAUUUUUUGUAUUUACUAGAUCUUUUCUGAGGACUGUAAUGUCUGUAAAUUUUCUUUCAUUCUAGUACACAAUGCCAGAGAGAUGAGGGUGACUUUUCACUUUUUUAAUAUAAAAACUAUUUUCGAGGAAAACGAAAGAAAACAAAAUUUGGUAUGUGUAUCAAUUUUUUCCUCCAGUUAAACAGAUUGAAAAAUGGUUGCGCUCAGUAGUUUUACGGAUCAUGGUGCAUGUUCCGAACACAUUUCGAUUUUUUAUUUUUCGAAAACAGCUAAGAAACUGGUUGACCUUGAAAUUUUCAUGAAAAAAUGCUUUAGAAAGCUCAUAAUAAUUUUCCUUAGAUGCAACUAAGUAUUGCGUACGAGCAGUCAUAAAAUUCUGUUCAUGUUCAUUCGUUUCAUAAAAUACGAAUGGAAAUCGAUUUUUCUUUUCUAUAUUAAGAUCAACAAGUGUUAUUUUCAUAGCUGAUCCACCAGUUAUAAUAGAAAAUCCUGUUUAUGGAAGUCUUACUCCUAAAUUUAUAAAUUUUGCUGCACCAGGAAUGGUGGUAUCAAUAAUAUUCUUUUUGGCAACUGGUUUAACAGGAUUAAUAUUUGUUGUUGAGAAAAAACAAGGUCUUUUAGAACGUAGUUGGAUUGCCGGUGUUACAACAAUUGAAGUUAUGUUUGCACAUAUAAUUGUUAAAUUUUUCAUACGAAUUAUUCAAAUAAUAUUAUUACUUACUUUUACUGACUACAUAUUUAAAAUUGAAAUUAAAGGUUCAAUUUUCUUAGCAGCAGGAAUCAUUUUUCUUCAAGGAAUUUGUGGAAUGAGUUAUGGUCUUCUAAUAUCUUCCAUGUGUGAUGAAGAAAUGGAAGCAAUGUAA